AUGUCCAUAGAUCAGUUCUCAAUGAAUGUGAAAGAGAACAUUAGGGAUAAAGGGAAGAGGGAUUUGCUGGUUCCAAAAGGCCUUUUGUACAAGCAGCCCUUGGUUCUGGUGGGUCGAACUGAUGUUGCUACGGUGACUCCCUGGCUGGCACCAAUAGUGUGGGAAGGCACCUUUGAGCCUACACUCAUCGACGCAAUUUACAAACAACAGAACCUCACCAUCGCCACCACAGUGUUCGCUGUGGGAAAGUAUGUGCGUUUUCUAAAGGACUUCCUGGAGACUGCAGAAAAGCACUACUUUCUGGGGUUCCGUGUGCAUUACUACAUCUUCACUGACCAGCCAGAGGCAAUUCCUGCUGUAACUUUGGCUCCAAACCGUACCCUGACACCUAUAAAGAUUCCAGGUUCCAAUCGCUGGCAGGAGAUCACAUUGCGUCGCAUGGAGAGGUUGCAGGAGAUCAUUCAGAGUCACUUAAUCUUUGAGGCUGACUACAUCUUUAGCCUUGACGUUGACAGCAAGUUCCAUGGUCCCUGGGGAGCAGAGUCCCUUGGCCAGCUGGUUGGAGCGCUGCAUCCAGGUUAUUUUAAAGCAAACCGUCAGCGUUUUCCAUAUGAACGGCGUCCACAGUCACAGGCUUACAUCCCUGCAGGAGAGGGUGACUAUUAUUAUGGUGGAGCUGUGAUUGGUGGUUAUUUGGAGGAUGUAUAUCGGUUGGCAAAGACCUGUAAGGAGCAACUGGACAUUGAUGCCUCCAAGUCUAUAGAGGCAGCAUGGCAAGAGGAGAGUCACCUGAACAAAUACUUCCUCUACAAUAAGCCGACCAAGGUGCUGUCUCCAGAGUACCUCUGGCAAAAUGUCCAUUCCAAACCUGAAGAGGUGAAAAUCAUUCGUUUCACUCAGGUCAUCAAAAACAAUGCCGCAGUACGGCCUAAUCCCAUAAAAUCCCAGAUAGCAAAGGGGUAUUGA